GUGGGGGAGAUAGACGAGGAGGGCGGGGGGAAGGAGCCAUGGCGGCGCAUGGUAGCGUGGGCCGCAGCCUGGUGGCACUGCUGGCGCUGAUGGCCUGUCUAUCGUGCGCUGCGGGGGGGCGGGCCGGUGGGGUGGCGAGGCAGCGGCUGGAGCUGCGGCGGCACCUGAAGCGGCUCAACAAGACGCCUGUCAAGAGCAUCAAGAGUCCAGAUGGAGAUAUUAUAGACUGUGUGCAUGUCUCUCACCAACCAGCCUUUGAUCAUCCUUUCCUCAAGAACCACACGAUCCAGAUGAGGCCAGCUUAUCACCCAGAAGGCUUGUUCGGCGGGAACAAGGUUGUGUCUCAGACGAAAACCCCCUCCAUGGCUCAACUGUGGCAUCAGAAUGGUAGGUGCCCUGAGGACACCAUCCCCAUCCGGAGAACCACCAGGGAGGACGUGUCAAGGGCCAGCUCUGUUAAAAGAUAUGGGAGGAAGAAGCACAGGAGCCUUCCCAACCCCAUGUCUGUUGACCCUGACCUUCUCAAUGAGAGUGGCCAUCAGCAUGCAAUUGCUUAUGUGGAGGGAGAUAAAUAUUAUGGAGCAAAGGCAACCAUAAAUGUGUGGCAGCCAAAGAUUCAGCAAUCCAAUGAGUUCAGUCUAUCUCAGAUCUGGAUUUUAGGGGGCUCUUUUGGGGCGGAUCUUAAUAGCAUUGAAGCUGGUUGGCAGGUCAGCCCGGAUUUGUAUGGAGACAAUUACACAAGGCUUUUUACUUACUGGACUAGUGAUGCAUAUCAAGCAACUGGCUGCUACAACCUACUUUGCUCUGGGUUCAUUCAAAUUAACAAUGAGAUUGCAAUGGGUGCCAGCAUCUCUCCGAUCUCCAACUAUGAUGGCUCACAAUAUGAUAUAAGCAUACUCGUUUGGAAGGAUCCUAAGGAGGGGAACUGGUGGAUGCAAUUUGGGAGCGACUACGUUUUGGGCUACUGGCCUUCUUUCCUCUUCUCUUAUUUGGCAGACAGUGCCACCAUGAUAGAAUGGGGAGGGGAGGUUGUGAACUCGGAGCCGGAUGGUGAGCACACCUCCACCGAGAUGGGCAGUGGCCGUUUCCCUGAAGAAGGGUUUAGCAAGGCAAGUUACUUCAGGAACAUUCAGAUAGUUGAUGGGUCUAACAAUCUAAGGGCACCUGAAGGUGUUGGAGCCUUCACUGAGCAGUCAAACUGCUACGAUGUGCAGAAUGGGAACAGUAAUGCAUGGGGGCAGUACUUUUACUAUGGGGGGCCUGGUAGAAACUCUAAUUGUCCAUAGAAAUCCUAAUCAAAUUCCCUCCUUUUCUCUUGUACCAUUCAGUGUAAUACCACCCCUUUUCAACACCUUGGCAGCUGUGAAAAUUGGUCUCUUCUUCAGAGGUUUUUGUCUGCCUUCUUAACUUUGUACUCUUCUUCUCUCCAUAUAGAGCUGGAGAGAGAUAGAGGCUAGGUUUCUCAAGAGAAACAGGGCCUGUUAUAGUCUCUCACAUGUAUUUGUUUCUUUGUCAUUUGCCCCUUCUUGGGACUAUUGAUUCAGGUUAUGCUAAUGGGUGAAUGGGAUUCUGCGACAUGUGAGCUUUAGCAAUCUUGGUAGUGUGGAUCUGGGGCCUUCAAAGAAACAAGCAGAGUGAGAGGGAAGUUUCUUUGUCUUUUAUGAUAUAGGCUGUUGAUGACAAGCUGGGGAGAGUCAAAGUGCUGUUGUGCAUGUGAAUGACCUCCAUGGCUUUUUGUGCUGCAUGUUUUGGACAGUUUUGGCUUCUGAGAACACUGUUUGGCUUGUUCCACUA